AUGUCAUCGGAGACACCCGUCUAUGUACAGUUAGGACCAAGAAAAUGGGAAUUAGGUGGUGAAUAUUUGAAACUGUUGGAACCAUGCAACCACUGUUUGGAAACAGAAGAUGUCGGUAGUGCUCUACGAAACCAACUCAAUGAUAAAGGCUAUAUCUAUUUGAAGAAAGUUUUACCAGAAGAAGAUGUAUUGAAAGCAAAAAUAGCUGUUCUCAAAUAUCUGCAGCAUCUGAACGAUACAGGACUUAUUAAAAAACCGAUAUUUUCUUCGUCGUAUAGUGAUGGUAUCUUAUCUGAUGGUUGUGAUGUUGGUUGCAUUCCUAGUUUGGAAGGAAGUAACCCUAUCACUAAUGAUCCUGCAGUGCUUCAUAUAAUUGAAAACCCUUAUUUAUAUGAUAUUUUUACUUCUAUUUUCCAUGGUAUUCAUCCUAUUACAUUUGACUUUAAAUGGUUGAGAACGAUGCACCAUGGUGGUAACACUGGUUGUCAUCUAGAUCGAGUGUAUAUGAAUCGAGGUUCACCAGAAUUACUAACAUGUUGGAUUCCAUUUGAUAAUCUUACACUUGAUAUGAGUGUACUAGCCGUAUUGGAAGGUAGCCAUCGAAUGGAUAGACCUGAAAAUGAUGGAUAUACGAAACUGCAGCAUACUUAUGCUGAUAUGGAUGUAGAAAGGGAUAAAUUACAAGGAACAGGAUGGUUCACCGAAGAUCCAAUGGAAUUUUAUCAUUUGGAUGAUGCAUGUCAACCAUGUGAUUCAAAUCCCAUUUGGAAGACAACAGCUUUUUCUGCUGGUGAUAUUCUUAUCUUUACAAUACGUACAAUUCAUAUGUCUUCAGUAAACUUAACCAAUAAACUACGUAUCUCAUGUGAUACGCGCUGGCAACCAUCAGAUCAACCAGCAGAUCCUCGAUUUAUUGGACUAGUGAAGAACAAUUUAGUUGGACAUGGUGAUGCCAAAUUUGGUCUUUAUGCAAAGGAUUCGAAGAAGAUUGACGAUGACAAGACAACUAUAGAACAAUGGCGAAAGAUAUGGGGAUUUCCGACAAGAACAGAAAAAUGA